CGACAUCACGCCGCAUGGAUCAUCAAUCCUCGUGACAGCCCCAACUCGUUCUGCUUUUCCAUCCAUCUUCAAUCUCGUGCCGUUCCAGCUGUGAGCUCGAUUCGUCCAUCCACUCGCUGGCUCCCCGCUGUCAGGCCCUCCCAAAGGUCACGGUGCCCGCAUUGUUUCUCGUCAGUCUCCCAAGGGGCCCGAGAGGAGAACCCAGCAUGCCGAUGAGGCGCGCGUGAGGCCGCUUACGGAACAGAAAGAGCUUGGAUCAAUUCUUCCCAGAACGGCGGAGCUGGGCCUGCGUAUCAGAUUCUCCAGAUUAAGCAGCUUUCCUUUUUCGGCUGCAUGCGUUAUCGUUGCGGUCCAUUGCUUGCGGCGCCGAUGCUUGGACGACGAUGAGCUCUGCUAACCACGUCUCGUCGUCUUUUAGACGUCGGGAGCCGCAUCGGUCGCACUCGAAUUUUGCAACAAAGACUGCGGUUGACGAGGAGAACCGGCUCGCACGCCGGUGGUCGCUGUUCACUGGCGGCUCUCCGUCUCCGCGAAAUGAGAACCGCAACCCCCUCGACGAGGGUGGCGCUGAUCAUUUUGACGGCUUCGAUGGCGUCCAUCAGAGAGAGUCGUCCGGCAUCCUGGAUCGGAUGCGAUCUUUCUUCAAAUUUUCCGACAGCGAGCGCGCAUCGUCUUCGAGGUCUAGGAGACGGUUGGACCCUCUGCGACGCGGCGUGGAAGAGCCUUUGCUGGCGACCGCCGCUGCGUCCGACUACAGGUCCAUCAGCAAGCGUGAGAGCGUUGGCCAUGGUAAAGGGAAAGAUGCCGUCACGGGCAAGGCGCCCGAGGAAAAGUCUGCCAAGCUGGGCACCUUUGCUGGUGUCUUCGUGCCCACCACUCUCAACGUGCUCUCUAUCCUCAUGUUCCUCCGCUUUGGCUUCAUUCUCGGCCAAAGCGGCGUUACUGGAAUGAUGGGCAUGCUGAUUGCCUGCUAUGCCAUUGACCUCCUGACCAUCAUGUCUGUGUCCGCCAUCGCCACCAAUGGUACCGUCCGAGGCGGCGGUGCGUACUACCUCAUCUCGCGAAGUCUGGGCCCCGAAUUCGGUGGAUCUAUUGGCAUUGUCUUUUAUCUGGGCCAGGUGUUCAACACCGGGCUGAAUGCCGUGGGUCUGAUCGAUUGUCUAAUCUACAAUUUUGGAGAUAGAAGCGGAGGGUGGUCGCAAUGGUUGCCGGACGGUGGCUGGUGGAACUACUUAUGGGCUUCUUUGGUGCUCAUACUCUGCACAGCCAUAUGUCUUGCGGGAUCGAGCUUAUUUGCAAGGGCCAGCAAUGGCCUACUUGUGAUUCUCCUGGUGUCUACGUUCAGCAUACCUCUCUCUGCCUUGAUCGUCCCUCCGUUUGUGAACAAGAGAUUAGGAAUUGAAUACACGGGCUUGAGCUGGCAGACAUUCAAGGAGAACUUGAUGCCACAUUUUACCAAGGGUGCUGACGGAAGUCAGUUAAAAACGAAGGAGAACUGGCAGGAUCUCUUUGGCAUUCUCUUCCCGGCUACCGGCGGUAUCUUUGCUGGUGCUAGCAUGAGCGGCGAUCUAAAGCACCCUAGCAAAGCAAUUCCAAAGGGCACAUUAUACGGCCUAGGACUAACCUUCGUCUCAUACACGUUGGUUAUCCUCGCGCUAGCCGCCACCGUUACGAGAGCGUCACUUUACCGCAAUGUCAAUGUCAUGCAAGAUGUCAACAUCUCCGGGGUCAUCGUACUUCUCGGCGAAUUUGCGUCUACCUUCUUCUCUACCUUGAUGGGCGUCAUCGGUGCUGCAAAACUUCUGCAGGCACUUGCCCGGGAUAAUCUCAUCCCAGGCCUGGGCAUCUUUGGUCAGGGCACAAAGGGAGCUGACGAACCGACCUUUGCCAUUUUCAUCACGUACCUCGUGGCACAGCUCACCAUGCUGGCAGAUAUCAAUCAGAUCGCCUCUUUCGUCACAAUGACCUACCUCAUGACAUUCCUCGUCACGAACCUGGCUUGUUUUCUACUCACCAUUAGCUCGGCACCAAACUUCAGACCAUCUUUCCACUUCUUCAACUGGCAGACUGCAUUUGCGGGAACUAUUGUCAGCGGCGCCAUAAUGUUCUUCGUUGAUCGUCUUUAUGCCGCCAUGUCUGUGGCUAUCAUGGCGCUGAUCUUCUUGAUCAUCCACUAUACCACCCCUCCUAAGUCAUGGGGAGAUGUAAGUCAGUCUUUGAUUUACCACCAGGUGCGCAAGUACUUGCUACGCCUCCGCAGCGAUCACAUCAAGUUCUGGAGACCUAGUGUGCUCCUACUUCUCAACGAUCCCAGGCGUCAGUACAAGCUUGUCCAAUUCUGCAACUCGCUCAAAAAAGGCGGACUUUUCAUCCUAGGUCACGUCAUUGUCACCGAUGACUUCGCGGGUGCUGUUCAGGAAGCAAAGAAACAGCAGACAAACUGGCAAAAAUAUAUAGACUUUUCGAGAAUCAAGGCCUUCAUCAAUGUAUGCAUCUCGCCUGCUGUGGAGUGGGGAGCACGAAAUAUUGUCCUAUCAGCCGGGCUGGGGGGUAUGCGGCCAAACAUUGUGGUCAUGGGAUUUUUUAACCUCAACGAUCUUCGCACAAGCCAACACCUGAUCGAUAUUCCUUCUCCAAUGCCGUCACGUCCAUCAAGUGUCAGGAAUAUACAGUCUUCGGAGGCAAAGGGCCCGCGCAAGCGUGCGCAACGAGAACAAGAGCGAAUGUCAAAGCCUUUACCAACCGAUUUGAAUCGCCCAGAGGGUGCAAUCAGUGCCACGAGCUACAUGACUAUUCUUGAAGACUUGCUUCUGCGUUUGCAGAUUAACGUUGCAGUUGCAAAGGGCUUCCAAGAGCUGGAGCUUCCUCCACCGAAGCCAACGAUCCGCGACCAACUCCUCUCGAGGCUAGGUUGGAAGGAACUCGACGAUGAGACAGAAAAGAAAUACAUUGAUUUGUGGCCAAUCCAGAUGUCGGCCGAGAUCGCCACAGAGGGGGACGAUAAAAAAAGCGUGCUGACCACAAACUUUGAUACGUAUACUCUAAUCCUGCAGCUCGGCUGCAUCUUGGAUACUGUACCAAGCUGGAAACGAGCAUACACCAUUCGCGUAUGUGUGUUUGUCGAAUAUGAGACAGAUGUCGAAGAGGAACGGUUAAGAGUGACUGCUCUGCUCAGCAAUCUACGUAUCAGGGCCGAGGUGCUCGUAUUUUGGCUGGCAUCGGGGUCGCUGAAGACCUAUGAAAUAAUUGUCAAUGGAAAGCGAGACGGCGAAUUCUUGCAGGCCCUGGUCGAUGUUGACGACUGCCUUGAAGAUGAAGACUGGUGGACUGACGUGCAAAACUUCAGACGCAAAUCGGGAACCAUGUCCGCUGUGCAGGAAGCCGAGGAAAUCGAGGGAAUUCUGGACUCGACCGCCAAUUGGCCGACAUCAAACUUUCAGGGCAGUGCUGCUGGAGAGCAGGCUGCUCGCAUCAAAUUUCAUGGCUUGCGCAAGAUACUGAAAAAGGCGAGACGAAGAGCAAGCAUCAGCAGCAGAGGUAGUUCCAUGUGGGGACCAAUGCGGGCAAACUCUUCCGUUCUCAACGUAGACUUCGCUGAACAUCAUCAUCGAGCAUAUGAUAGUCCCAGUGAAAGCUCGUCCUCUGAUGACGACGACAGUACAGGAAGCGAAUCUGAGGGCAGCGCAGUCAGCGAAGGCGACGCAGACGAGUACAGAACAAAGUCAAUCGAAAAAUUCAACAUUCGUCGGGCUCAGAGCGUAGGCGGCUCUGCUCGGCCUGCUUGGUUGCGAAGAUUAGGCCCUGAGAAUGCCAUUGCUAGCGACUCAAGUACGCCGCGAACGGCAAGUCGAGAGAGACCCUCGAAAUCAGAGGGCCCACCACCGUCAAGCAGUGAACUCACGUCGUCAACUGCGUCUCAGACGGAGAUGCCUGCGACGAGUACGUCUGGCAGCUCACAGGUCCCUGUACCCACAACUUCCUCCUUGCAACAGAACCACGACGAGGACAAAGCGCGACCUUCCUUCCAUCGGCACAAGUCUCUGCCAAAGUUCAGCUCGAAGCCUGUGCCGGCCACAGAAGUCGCUGCGGAUGAGACCCAAGGAAGAAGCAUCAUGUUCGCGGACUCUUCGUCGCCGCCGCGCAGAGGCAAUAACCAGCUGUCGUCAAUCUACCGCUAUCCGCCCUCGAGCGCAUCUCAAUCUAGGUCCCGCGAACGCAGUGAUGUGACCGACGCCAGUGGAUCCCAAGUAUCAGGCCCUCCGCCCUCAGCGGCCGCAGCGGCGAUCCCGCUAUCCUUCAAUGACCUGCCUUGCCGAGCACAGCAUCUCAUCCUCAACGAGCUGAUGGUUUCACAGUCUGCUUCUACGGCAGUCGUCUUCACCACGUUGCCUACUCCUGUGGAAGGCACGUGCGAUAGUGAGGUGGACAGUGUGCGAUACAUUAGCGACCUUGAAGUGCUGUGCCACGACUUACCUCCAGUGCUCCUCUUGCAUAGCAACAGCAUCACCGUUACGAUGAAUCUGUAAGGACGAAUAGAGCAUAGUUCAUGUUUUUAGCGCUUAGAUUGGUAGAUAUCAGAAAAGUUUUGUUUUGCAAAAUUGUACGACUUUCCACAUCAAAAAAGAAUUGCCAGCAUUUGUCUCGUACUUACUUUUGGUCUUUGAUGCCUAGCCCACGUCAUCUGCGGGCAGAUCCAGGUUCUGGGAUCGACGACGAAUUGCAGAGAUGGAGUCGUUACAAAGAUUGUGGAGGGAACAUAAGUUAUAAGCAUUAAGCAGUGCAAACAC